CGUCACAUGCACUUUCAGAUAAAUAAAAACCCAUCAGUGGUUCUGCUCAUGAAUUGUACUGGUGCCUUCGGGGACUCACUCAGUAAACCUCUGUGCUCUGCUAACAACAGGCCUACUUCUGUCCCUCACUGACUCACUGAAGCAGGAUGCGUUUGGUUUGUGCUCUGGGUCUCUUUCUGACCCUGCUGCAGCUGUCUGCCUCUCUGCGGCUGGGAGCCUUCAACAUCAAGACAUUUGGAAACAAGAAAGCCUCCAACACCACUCUGAUGGACAUCAUCAGCACGAUUGUCCGCCGAUAUGACAUCAUUCUGAUCCAGGAAGUCAGAGACAAACAUCUGUCAGCAACCAAAAAACUCAUGGAGCAUGUCAACAAAGGUUCUCCACAGUUCAGAUACAUCGUAAGCGAGCCUCUGGGUCCGAGCACCUAUAAGGAGAGAUAUCUCUUCCUCUACAGGAACCACACAGUGUCUGUGGUUAGAAACUACACCUACAACAAUAGUGGGAAAAAGUUCAGGAGAGAGCCUUUUGUUGUCAUGUUCUCCUCCAACUACACCGCUGUAAAGAACUUCGUUCUGAUCCCACAGCACACCACUCCAGACCGUGUGAAGACAGUGCAGGAAAUCGAUGCUCUCUAUGAUGUGGUGGCUGAUAUCCACACUCGUUGGAACACCAGUGACAUCGUUCUGCUGGGUGACUUCAACGCAGGCUGCAGUUAUGUGUCAAACUCUGACUGGAAGAAGAUCCGCCUCUUCACAGAUGAUAGAUUCCACUGGCUGAUCCCCAAUGAGGCUGACACCACAGUGGGACCCAAGAAGUGCCCUUAUGACAGGAUUGUGGUCACCACUGACAUGCUGAAGGGAGUAGUGCACAACAGUGCUGAAGUUUACAACUACAUGUUGAACCUGGGUCUCGACCAGAAACUGGCAUUGGCUGUCAGUGACCAUUUCCCUGUGGAGGUGGAGCUGAUUGAAUGGACUCAUGCUGCCUGAACCAUCCACUCCACAGGUCUCCAGGCUGAAUCUACAAGAUGUUAAUUCAGUGUUGGAAUUAUUUCCAACCACAAAGCCAAGAAUUAAAAGACCAAAAUAAACAAAUCUGCCAAACUAUGUCAUUGCAAACUGGUUUCUUGAAACAGACACGAGAAAAAAAAGUUGAUUCUCUUAUUGAAGCUGAUAAAAGGUGAGGUACAUGACAAAAAAGCUUCUUCUGAACAUUUACUCAGAUCAUUUUAAGUUCUGGAAACUGCUUUCUAAUGAAGAAACAUGCAUUUAUUCAGAGUAACUGGGACAAUGACUCUGAAAGGACACACUGCUGUUGUCAUUUUUCAUUGUUUCAAGAUGGCAAAUAAAAGUCUAGUCAUCAUUAUUAUAUUAGGAAGCAACAAAAGUUUCAGUGUUGGAAGCUCACAACCUUGGAACAUGAAACUAA